AUGUCCUCCCAACAACCAAACCCUGCCUCGUACCAGAGUCAUGCGGCGCCUCAUCUGCCCAUCCCCGUCUACAAUCCGGUAGCGGCGAUCGCAGCCCCCGCGGGGACCUUUCUACCCGGGACCAAAGUUCAGGUUGGCAGCCAUCGCGUGGUCGUCGAGAAAUACCUCUCCGAGGGAGGCUUCGCCCAUGUCUACGUCGUGCGCCUACCCCAACCCGUCGAUGGCUCCGAUCGCGCAGUUCUCAAGCGCGUGGCGGUCCCGGAUAAGUCGGCCCUGGCCAACAUGCGCACCGAGGUCGAAACCAUGAAGAAGCUCAAGGGGCAUCGGCACAUCGUCACCUACAUCGACUCCCAUGCGUCACAGCUCCGCGGUGGUGGAUACGAAGUGUUCUUGCUGAUGGAGUUCUGCGAUGGCGGCGGUCUGAUCGACUUUAUGAACACGCGGCUGCAGAAUCGCCUGACCGAGCCCGAGAUCAUCAAGAUCUUCUCCGACGUGGCGGAAGGUGUGGCCUGCAUGCACUACCUCAAGCCCCCGCUUCUGCACCGUGAUCUCAAAGUGGAGAACGUCCUGAUCUCGCGCCAGGGCAGGGCGGCCCUCUACAAGCUUUGCGACUUUGGAUCGGCCGCGCCCCCUCGCCCGGCCGCCACCUCCGCCGCCGAGGGUCGGUUGAUUGAAGAUGACGUCCAGCGCCAUACCACCCUGCAAUACCGCAGUCCCGAGAUGAUUGAUGUCUAUCGGAAACAACCGAUUGACGAGAAGAGCGAUAUCUGGGCCCUGGGGGUCCUCUUGUACAAGCUGUGUUAUUAUACCACCCCGUUCGAAGAGGUUGGCCAGAUGGCGAUCUUGAAUGCCAGUUACAAGUUCCCGAGUUACCCGGCCUUCUCGGAACGCCUGAAGAUGCUGAUCGCUUGGAUGUUGAAGGAACUUCCGCAGAAGCGGCCGAAUAUUUAUGAAGUGGUGCGCGAGGUCUGUCACAUGCAGGGCAAGGACGUCCCCAUCGGUGAUAUCUACGCUGCUCGCUCCACAUCGGAAGCCCGCCGGUAUCAGGAAUUACCGCCCUCUCCCACCGAGGCGCCACAGGUUGGUGCCGUCUUCUCUCCGCCGGUCCAGGAGACUCAGAUCAUUCCUGAGAUCGCGCCGAUGCGCCGCGGCCGUCCGACGAGACCGACGCAGUCCUCGCACCACUCGGCCAAGCCCAGUCCGUCCCCAUUCCGGGGCUCCGGGGAUCCUUUCUCCGUCCUUGACAAUGCCCAGCGUCCCCGCGACUCAGCGGACGAAUUUACCAACCGUUUCCCUUCGUUGGAUCAAUUCCAGAUUUUGCACGAGAAGGGGGGUAAGUUCGACUUUGAGUCUGCCGUGCCGGAGUCUAGUCCGGAAGGUGAUGACCUUGCGCGGCGCCUCACCAAUGCGCUGGCGGACGAUGCCUUUGCCAAGCACCAGUCGCCGGGUCCGGAGGGAUCUACCAGCCAGCGUCCCACGCAACCUCCGUCGACCCAAUCUGCUCCGGUCGAACGCGUCGAGAAUGCGCGCGAUGAAGGACGCGCCUCGGUGCCGCUGUACCAACCUGCCCCGCAGCGACCUACUAUGGUCUCGACUGGUACGAUGACCUCACCGCCGCCGACGCCUGGUGUGGCCGAUUACAAGCCGUCUAGUCGCCCUGUUUACAAGUUCCCCCCGGCCGACCAUCAGCGACGCCCAUCCAGCCACAAGCAGCCAUCAGAGUCGGACCUCAAAGCCAAAGCUCCAUCGCCGUCCAUGAACGCCGUGGUCCAACCUCGAGGGUCCUCUGAUCGGAUCUCGGAUUUGUCGGCGUCACCCCGACCCUCCCUCGAAGGCGGCCGACCCAGCAAUCUGGAGGUGGGCGAGCUGGCAGGGCGUUCGCGCUCGGCCAACGGUCGUUCCCGCCCAGUGUCGGUCCAUGCUGGGGCACGAUACGACCUACCCCGUGGGUCGGAGAGCGCGCGCUCGUCCCUGGAUCUGCCCCGGUCGCCCUACUAUGAGGGCGGGGCACCGUUGCAGCAUGCGCGGACGGAGGCGGACUCGCUGGCCAACAUCUCGUCGGACGUGGACUAUCUACGCGCGCGGGAAGAAGAAAGCAACAAGAAGCGCGACAAGCGGUACAGUGGUACAGCCAAACACGGCAAACGGUCGAGCUUGUCGACCUUGUCGCUGUCCGGCACCAAGAUGUUUGCGGGGCGGUUCGGCGACGCCUUUCGACGGUUCGAGCACAGUAACUCGGAGAGCAAAGUGCAGUCACCCGUUACCGAAGAGGCACCCAACAAGUCUCCGAUGAUGCUCACGAGUGCGGAUCUGACCUCGGAGCCGGCCAGCGAGCUGAUCGACAUGGACGGCAACGAGGAUAUCUCGCCGGAGAUGCGGCGGGAGCUGGAGCGGCGCCGGCUCUCCCAGGAGGAGAAGCGAGUCGCCAACGCGGCCGCCGAGUAUCGGAAACGGGUGACUGAAGGCGGACAGCCUGGGGCUGGGGCUGGUGGGUGGCGCGACGGGCCACGGUCGCAGGCGAUCCAGAACAAGGUGCAGUCACUCUUAGGCGAGUCGGCCCGGGCUCCUCCGCCGCCCAAGACGGCGACGGGCUACGGACGAUACACGGACGAGACGGCGGGGGCUUUGCCGGCAAAGCCUACGGAACUGCGGUCGAGCCGGGCGAGUGCGCCAGCCGAGCAGCCGACGAGCAUUGGCAAACAAGCUACGGCCAGCGGGCGACCGGGGUCUUCGUCGGGGGCACCACGUCCGGCGCUGCCGCCCAAACCGAAGAGUCUGCGCAUGCCCACGGGGACGGAAGGCCAAGCGGGCAGUCAGGAUCGGAGUCCCACGGUGGCGGCGACGCCAGCCAGUGCGGGCGGGGAGGAUUGGGAGGCCAACUUCAGUCGGCGGUUUCCGAGUCUAUCGGGAUUAGAGAUGGAGACGGAGAUUGAGUUGCCGCGGGUGGCUCCUAAUAGUCUACGGACAAAGGAGGUAUAG